GCAAGCAAAAUAAACCGCGAUCCGCAAUUCGAGAGCCGGUGUCAUUUUAUCGGUUAAGUGAUAUGAUUUCGGCCACGGGUGUCCUUUUUUUGGUGCUGCAGGUAUUAUCCUGUCACGGCGAGUUCUUCAGUUCCACCUCGGGUCUCGAAAAGUUAUUCGAAACGGAGGUUGUCCUCCUGGCAGAACUGCAGAAUUAUGUAAAUGAAAUUAAUCAACAAGCUGAGGCGUUGCAGAGCGAGAUCGAUGCCAUCCGCGUGGAGCACCUGAAUGCCGCCGAUGGAAUCGAUGACUACCUCAACAAUCCGGUGAACGCGUUCCGGCUAAUUAAACGCCUUCACAGCGACUGGGAGACCUUCGAGGGCAGUGUUUCGGCGGAUUCGAGUCGUUCAAACUACCUCGAGAUGAUGGCCAGAUAUAGGGCGAAUCUAAGCUUUCCUUCGGCGGACGAUUUUGUGGGUUCAGCAAUUGCUCUCACUCGGCUUCAGCAGACCUAUCAAUUGGAUGUGGCCGAGUUGGCCAGUGGAAUUCUAAAUGGCGUUAAAUAUGGUUCGGCCAUGUCCUGGCAGGAUUGCUUUGUGCUCGGUCAGCAUCUGUACGCUCUGAGGGACUACAACCACACGGUUCCCUGGCUGCAGCAGUCGAUGCAGUUGCUCGGCGAACAGUCCUACGGCUCGGAAUCCUCCUCCCUGGACUUCAUGGAGGCGGUGGUGGAAUACCAUCGGGAGAUGGGUGCCCACGAGAGUGCCUUGAGUCUGGUGAACCAUGUGCUGUCCAUUGAACCGGAUGAGAGGAGUCACCUGCUGGAGGCUCGCCAGCAUCUGGAGGAGUUAAUAACGGAUGGGGAUAAGAACGGGCUGCUCCACAUGACAGCUAGAAGACCGGGGGACUACCAUGAAUCCCGGGAAUUUCGGAUGUACGAGCAGGUUUGCCGUGGGGAAUUAACUCCACCUCCUUCCAAGCAGCGAAAUCUCAGGUGUCGCCUGAGAAAAAGUCACUUAGGAUAUGCUCCUUUCAAAUUGGAGGAGCUUAGCUUGGAUCCUUUAGUAGUACAGCUGCACCAGGUGGUUAGCUCUCAGGACUCGGAAUUCCUACAGAGAACAGCCCGUCCCAGGAUAAAAAGAUCCACUGUGUAUUCCCUAGGAGGAAGUGGAGAAUCCACUGCAGCCGCCUUUCGCACCAGUCAAGGUGCCUCCUUCAAUUAUUCCAGGAAUGCGGUGACUAAACUUUUAAGCCAACAUAUGGCUGACUUCUCGGGUCUGGACAUGGACUAUGCGGAGGAUCUGCAGGUGGCAAACUAUGGAAUCGGUGGGCAUUACGAGCCCCAUUGGGACAGCUUUCCCGAAAAUCACGUUUACCAGGAGGAGGAUUUUCUUGGCAACCGCAUCGCCACGGGCAUAUAUUACCUCUCAGAUGUUGAAGCUGGAGGUGGAACCGCCUUCCCCUUUUUGCCCCUGCUCGUGACCCCCGAAAUGGGCAGCCUGCUCUUCUGGUACAAUCUUCAUCCUUCGGGAGACCAGGACUAUCGCACCAAACACGCCGCCUGUCCCGUUCUUCAGGGCAGCAAGUGGAUUGCCAACGUUUGGGUUCGAGAACGCCAUCAGGAUAAAGUAAGACCCUGCGAGCUACAAAGGAACCAGGAAAUCUCAUUGCAUUACAGGGACUUUGACUGAUUUCGUAUUGAUUUUGUGUAACAAAUAAGAAAACCACUCAUUAAAGUAAGAUAUUAAUUUAUUAAAA